ACAUAAACUAUACACCAAACAAAACACAAGGUUCAAAUUUAAUUUUUUCUUCAUCCUCAACUAAACUUCCCUCCUUCAAAACCAAGCCAGUACACAAAACUUGAACCAAACAACACCCCCCCUAUUAGUCCCAUGUCUCUUUCUCCUUAACAACCACCUCAGUUCUCACCUCAUAAAGAUAAAAAAUAAAAAUAUUAAAGCCUCUCAAACACCAUUGACAUGCCUGACCCAAAUGCUAAGCAAGGUUAGGUGGAAGAUAGCAACCUUAAACACCACCAAAGCCUUCCUUUUACACCAUAACCUGACAAAGGGUCCUUGCAGUUUUCCUCUGCUGUUGAAUUGUCAAAAUGAAAUAAGGACUAUACCAUUUCAAGAGGAGGAACUCAAGGCCCUUUUAUUGUGCUGUUGGUAUUUUCUUCUUUUUUUGCUUUAGGACAAUAUGCAGCUGCACAUAUCUCCAAGUUUGAGGCAUGUUACUGUGUUUCCAAGUAAAGGGUUCAAGGAGUUUAUCAAAGUGAAGGUUGCAUCGAAGCGUGUCUCGUAUCGGAUGCUCUUCUACUCACUCUUGGUCUUCACUUUUCUUCUCCGGUUUGUGUUUGUCUUAACAGCAGUGGAUGGCAUUGAUGGAGAAAACAAAUGUACUACCAUAGGUUGCCUAGGAAAAAAACUAGGACCUAGGAUUUUGGGAAGACGGCCUGAGUCAUCUGUCCCAGAAGUGAUAUACCAAACAUUAGAUGAAAAUCUUGGCAAAAAUGAACUUCAAGGAAGAUCUGAUAUUCCACAGACCUUAGAAGAGUUCAUGACUGACAUGAAGAAAGGUGGAUAUGAUGCCAAGACAUUUGCAGUUAAACUUCGAGAAAUGGUAACCCUUAUGGAGCAAAGGACCAGGAUGGCCAAAAUCCAAGAAUAUCUAUAUCGACAUGUAGCAUCAAGCAGCAUACCAAAACAACUUCACUGCCUUUCCUUGAGUUUGGCCAAUGAACACACCAACAACGCAGCAGCACGCCUUCAGCUCCCCUCUGCUGAACUAGUCCCUGCCCUGGUUGACAAUUCCUACUUCCACUUUGUCCUUGCCUCAGACAAUGUGCUGGCUGCAUCUGUGGUUGCAACAUCGCUUGUUCACAACUUUUUGAGACCUCAGAAGGUUGUUCUGCACAUAAUUACAGAUAGGAAGACUUAUUAUCCCAUGCAGGCUUGGUUCUCAUUGCAUUCUUUGUCACCUGCUAUAAUUGAGGUCAAGGCAUUGCACCAUUUUGAUUGGUUUACAAAGGGAAAGGUACCUGUUUUGGAAGCUAUGGAGAAAGAUCAAAAGGUGAGGUCACAAUUUAGAGGGGGGUCAUCAGCUAUAGUUGCAAAUACCACUGAGAAGCCAAAAGUUAUUGCAGCAAAACUGCAAGCACUUAGUCCCAAGUAUAAUUCAGUGAUGAACCACAUCCGGAUACAUCUCCCAGAGUUGUUCCCAAGUCUUAACAAGUUGGUCUUCCUCGAUGAUGACAUUGUGGUACAAACUGAUCUUUCACCUCUGUGGGACAUUGAAAUGAAUGGAAAAGUAAAUGGCGCUGUAGAAACAUGCAGUGGAGAAGAUAGGUUUGUGAUGUCAAAGAGGUUAAAGAGCUAUUUGAACUUCUCCCACCCUCUAAUAUCUGAAAAUUUUCAUCCCAACGAAUGUGCCUGGGCCUAUGGCAUGAACAUUUUUGAUUUGGAGGCUUGGAGGAAGACCAAUAUAAGCAAUGUUUACCAUUACUGGGUUGAACAGAAUAUCAAAUCAGACCUAAGUUUGUGGCAGCUAGGGACAUUACCUCCUGGAUUGAUAGCAUUUCAUGGUCAUGUCCACGUUAUUGAUCCUUUCUGGCAUAUGCUGGGAUUGGGAUAUCAGGAAAAUACAAGUUUUGGUGAUGCUGAGAGUGCUGGUGUCGUCCAUUUCAAUGGCAGGGCAAAGCCAUGGCUAGAAAUAGCUUUUCCACAACUAAGGAAAUUGUGGACAAAGUAUGUUGACUUCUCAGAUAAGUUCAUCAAGAGUUGUCACAUUAGGGCAUCAUAGCUUAUAUCUUGAGAAAACACGACCUCGUUGAUGAGUUGAAGAAAUGGCAUUUGCAUCCGAGGGAAAAGGAAAAUGAGAGAGUUCUUUCAAGCAUCAGGCCUUCCACGACAACAAAGAGACAACAAUGAUGAGCAUGAUGCUCCUUUCUUGCUUUGAAAAUUUCUUUUUUAACUCUUUCUUAAUUGAAAUUCUCAGAUUCUUUUUCUCUUCAAUCCAUAUUGUAAGUAUGAGUAUUUGUAGAUCAUAUACCAAUACUAUAUGUUAAAACAACACCUUUUUUUCUUUUUUGGAGAUAACAAACCUGCGAGCUCAAGGUUUUAACAAUACACUUUUGUAAGA